AUGGUCCAACCCAACAUCAAGGUAUUCCCUUUGCCUUAUAUCUCUUUCAACAAAUAUGCAGAAUUAGAGCCAAAAUUAAAAGAAUUGGCAAAGCAAACUAGAACUGAUAUCCAGUACAACUUUGACGACCAAUUUUUUGAGAUUACAGGUCGCUCUCAGCAAUCGUGUGAUGAUACGUCCAAGAUCAUCGAAGAGCAGUUGAUACCUCAGUUGACUGCAAUAGCAGUAGAUGAAUACAAGUUUCAUGGUACUUUUGAGGAUUUUGAGAGUAUGCUGUCGUCAGCUACCCCGAGUUCUUCUGUCUCUACAACUACACCCACAGCAAAUAAUGUCUUUCGCAUCCAAGGAAGACCUUUAAACUUAGAGAAACUGGAUAAUGGCAUUGCCUCGGCUUCAUCAGAGACGCCUGCAUCAGACAACACCAACACCAACAACAACAGCACGACAGGCGCUUACUUUUAUGGUGACACUGAGAGCGACGAGCCUGAUACAGAGGAAGAGGAUGAGUUUGUCGAGACGUUUACUUUUGCUAAAAACGUCAGUGAUCCAAGAGAAGUGUUGACUGGCCCUCCUGUCAAUAACACCAAACCAGUGGAUUAUCUGCGUGUCAUUGGAAACGAUACCAACACAGAAUGUAGCUUAUUUGAGAGACGAGUCAAGAUUGUCGGCACAAGCAAGGAGGCUGUACAGGAGGCACUGGAACGUUUCAGGAAUCUUCAGGCCAUUUUCAAGCGUCGUAGAAGAGGCACACAAUAUGUAGCUUGUGUGCAUUAUCCCACUGAAGCCCCGGAAUUCGGCCUUUAUUUCUGCAAUUUGGAGAGAUAUUCUCAGCAAAACUACGUAGACAUAUUGGAACGGCCAGCAGCGCCUUUGUACGUUAUUCUACCAGCAUUCAAGGAUAGAACGGGCAAGUAUGCAAAGCCUGUGGAUCUGUUGGAUUCUGCUCCACAGAGUCCUAGUCAGCAAUGGGUUCAAAGACAGCAGCAUCAGCAGCAAGUGCACCAAGAAUCAUCGUUAUCACUGGAUGAGAGAAUGAGAAUGGCUACUUUGGAGUACAAGCGAGGAUACGGUAAUGCGAAUGCAGGCAUGGCUCCCGAUCUCGUAUCCUUAUGGGGAGAAAACAAAAAUUAUGUGAUGCGCUUCAGUGCUCAACCUCCAGUGCGAUCUCCAGCUUCAAAAUCCAGAAACGGAUCAGUUGCAUCACCUCCUCCCAAAGCACCUGAAGAUGGCUUUCCUUCAUUGCCUUCCGCUGCUCCUCGUGUCGCGCCCAAAAAGACAAAUACUCGUCGAGUGAUGCGAUUGACAAGCCAAAAAGCAUCUGCUGCAGCUUCUUCUGGUAUUCCUCGUUCUGUUUCCAACAUGGAAAACCUUCGUGUGUAUAAUUUCCACAACAUCAAAACAGCCUUGGAGGAAGGAUUAAAUGGAGUUCGUGGAUUUAAAGGAAAUGUCAAGUUGAGUGCCAAGAUUGGCAAGGUGCUCUGGAGCCAAAUCACACCAGAUGUUCAAAAGCAAAUCUGGACCUACACUGACCUGAAUGACCGACUGAUGAGCAAUGCUGGCGUCAAGCCUGUCUUUAACAGUGUAACGACAAUGUCAGAUGAAAUCAUCACCAGGAUGUCUGAAGUGCUUCCUUCUGCUCACAGCCGAAGAGUAUCGUUUGAAAUAUACGCCAAUGCACGCAACCAGCCUUCUAUGCCAUAUCGACCUGUAGUUAUGUACAUGAAGAACCAAGGUGUCGUAGAAUUGACCAAGGUGAUUACUGCCACAAACAAGGUGACUGAGAUCGAUUGGGUCUCUUUGGACAGAAAAUUUGAUUUCCAAUUCCUGCUCCAGACAGAAGAAGAAACUCGAAUGGACGUCAAGCCUUUCAACACCUUUAUCAAUCGAGUGGCCGUGAAUCCAGAGACUCGCCACAUCACCUUCAACAACGUGCCUGACUUUUUAGAAGUCGACUAUAUCCUCUCCAAGCAAACUACAAUCUAUAGGAUUGUGUUCCCCAUCGUAGCUGAGAUCACACGUGUAGAGCGACUGCCACUUGUUCAUCAAAUCGAUUCUUAUGCGUACGAAAAGAUAUUGGGCGAUACUGGCAAAGGUCAGGUGUGGUAUGAAUUUGAGGUGUUUUACUCGACCUACGAUGCCAUCUUCAAAAAGAAUCAAACGUUGCAAGCCGGUAAACUUGCUUCUUGGACAAGCGAGAGCAUUAUUGAAGGCACCGAGAAUGCCAACUCUCUUAUUGAGUACAUUCGCACCUUGUUGACCAUGGUCGAAAAAUUCGAAGGCGCUCUAUGUUGA